AUGUCUGAUUACGAUGGGAAAUCGAAGAGGGCUCUGCCCCCAAUUGUGGCCCCCUCAAAUAUCUCUGUGUCCAAUGUAGUGCUCCACAAAGUGCAUUCAAAACCAGAACCAGGCAAGUUUAUAUACUCCCACAAAUGGACGGAUUUGGAGGAAUCCCUCAAGCUAAAGAAUUUCCACGUGGAAGACGUAGCUGUUGAGGUGAAACGCCAGCAAGAUGACAUGAGAAAAAGUGCCAAGAAACAGAGAAAUCUCAACAGUGCACGCCUUGAAAAGGUUUAUGGGGAUCAGGAAGCAACUAGGAAUAAAUGCCUCGUACUCAAUGACUUCCUCAGAGCCUGCCAAGAGCGGGAGAUUGUGGCUGAGCGGCAGGAAGCUGAAGAAUUGAGGAAACAGAAGAGAUACAGCAGAGAAAUUGAACUCUUAACUGCAAAAAUAGCCGAAAUGAGGGAUUUCAAGAAAGAGCUCGAGGGGAAAGUGGAAGAAUUGAAGCCCUUUGAAAAAGCUGUGGAACUUGCAGCUGAAAAUUCCACCCAGUUUGCCUCUCCGGAUGAUCUAAUGUCCUUCUGUGAUGCUUUUUUCCAUGCUCAGCGUGAGAUUUCGACAAUUGAACGGGAAAAAUUGCAGGAAAUCGAGGUCCUAAAGAAGAGUUUGGUAACAAUUGCUGGGGAUUCUGCUGCCACAAUCCUCGGGUACAUCAAUCGUUUGUCUGAACUUGAGCAGAAGUGCUUGAAACUCAAGACAGAUUCUCUGAGGUGGGAGAAAGUUCUCAAGACCACAAAGGAUUUUAUAUCUGGAGAGAAUUUUGAGAGUCAGAGAAUUCAGGAGUCCAUCAGGCAUCUGCAUAAGCUUCUAUUUGCUCGUCAUGGCAGAAAUCGCAGUGUGAAAGGACUAAAGUUGGAGCAGCAACUCGAGGAGAUUCGCCAUGAGGUGAAAAUUCUCAAGUUAAUUGUCGAAGCUUGUCAGGAUCACAUUGAAAAGGGCCAGAAGAGUCUAGCUGGAGAAUUGGGAACAAGUACAGCUCUGGCACUUCUCAAAAUUGGCAAAAUUUCACACAAUAAACCUUAAAUUGAAGCUUCAGCUGUGAAUUUGUUGGACAAACGCAAAUUUUUA